AGGAAGCUAGGGAUCUCUUCCCUUGCAGCCGAAACCCGCCCCAGUCCGGGAGCUGUGCCCGGAGUCGCGAUCCACACGUGCAUGGCGCGGACGACUCGCUGCAGGGUGCGGGUGCCUGCAGAGCCAGCUGGCAAAAGAGCUAGGAGGAGAGAAGGGAGGGUGCGCCCAGGAGGCAUACGCCUCCGGUGAGCAGAACCACGCGGCAGUGCUGGCGGUGGGACUGCAGUGCCACCUUCUCCCGAGAAAGCCCACACGCGCACACGCGCACGCACGUGCCCACGGCGGGCAGGAAGAAAGAAUACAAGCCAGAGAGCCUCUGGGUGCAGAGGGUGUCUUAUUGAUGGCUUCUGUCCUCAACAACAAAAUUCACCCUCCUGGGACUUGCCCGAGUUCCACAGCCGAGGCUCCUGGUGGCACCGCCUGGAGAAUGGACUGCGACCCCGAGAUGCACGUGAAAAUGUGCAAAAAGAUCGCCCAGCUCACCAAGGUGAUUUAUGCCCUGAACACCCGUCAGGAUGAGGCCGAGGCCAGCAUGGAAGCCCUGCGCGAGGCCCACCAGGAGGAGCUCCAGGACGUGGUGGCCAAGGCCAAGCUCCUGCAGGAAAAGGGCUGCAGUGAGGACCAGGAGACACUCCUCCAGCGCAUCCAGACCCUGGAGAGUGCCCUGGAGCUACAGAAGAGGCUGACGCAGGAGGCGCUGGCUGAGUCGGCCACGUGCAGGCUGGAGACCAAAGAGAGGGAACUGCGGGUGGAGGCAGAGCACGCCGAGCGGGUGCUGACGCUCUCCAAGGAAAUGCUAGAGCUCAAGGCCAACUACGAGAAGAGGCUGCGGCACCUGAGCAGCCAUGAAGUGCCCCAGUGGGGCCGGCUUUCCCAGGAGAGCCCAGAUGCCAAGGCAGAGCCAGGCCAGGGCCCUGAGAUGCAGGACGUGCUGCUGGAGGUGGAGCGGCUGCGGGUGGAGAACCAGCAGCUAAGCCAGGACUAUGCCCGCAAGGCGGAGGAGCUACAGGCCACUUACGAAAGGGAGAAUGAGGCCAUCCGACAAGCCAUGCAGCAGUCCGUGAGCGAGGCCCUAUGGCAGUGGCAGGAGAAGGAGACGGAUCUCCGCAAGAACUUCCAGGUCCAGGAGUCAGCCCUGCAGUCCCAGGUCAGGAAGCUGGAGGGCGACCUGGAGCACCGAGGCCGCAAGAUCAGUGACCUGAAGAAGUAUGCGCAGAGGCUGAAAGAGAGGAUUCAGGACCUGGAUGUGCAGCUUAAGGAGGCUCGGCGAGAGAACACAGAGUUGAAAAGUACUGCAAAAAAGCUUGGGGAGAAGCUGGCAGUAGCCAAAGACAGACUGAUGUUGCAGGAGUGUCAUGUGGCACAGAAAACUGAUGACAUGAAGACUGAGCGGAUUCCAGAGAAUGAAGUCCUGGCGGAAGCGAAUGACUCAGAAGCCUGCAGUCUUCAUUCUCAGCAGGACCAAAGCUCUCUCAAGGAGUAUUCAUGCGCCAAAGUUGACACAGACACACAGACCAAAACAGAUGCAGGCACUGAGGCAGAAUAUAUGAAGCAACGAUUUGAAGAAGACCUUCGUAAAAUCAAACACCAGGCCGACGAGGAGAAGAAGCGCCUAAAAGAGCAGUUGGUGAAGCGCCUGGAAGACUUGGUAAAAAAGCACACCCUGGAGAUCAAGUCAGUCCGCUCAGCUGUCGAGGCUGAAAGAAAGAAGCUGCAGAGGGAAGUAGAAGCACAGUUGGAGGAAGUGAAGAAGAAAUCAGAACAGGACAUACAGCAGCUGGAAGAAGAGAAAGCAACCCUCAGCGUGAAGCUCCAGAGCUGCCUGCUUGAGGUCUUAAGGCUGGAAGAAUUUAUCCAACAAAAUAAAGUAUGCUCCCGAAGAGCUGAGGAAAAGUCCCAGGAAUUAGACUGCCAACGCCAUAGCAUUUUGGAGACCCAGGAUCUGUGCUUGCAACUGAAGGAGCCUUCCAAGAUGCCACCCAGAGGAGAGGGUCAGGACCAGCUGGCCACCAAAGAGGGAAGCAGCAGCGACGAGGAGGAAAGGAUCAAAGUGUCCCUCAAGGAGGGAAGGGACCUACAACCUGCAGAGGAUUCUUUGUGGAAGAAGGAGGCUCCCGAAGUCCAGCAUCUGCAGGGAGACUGGCAGAGCCAGAAGAUGAGAUUGCAAGCACAGGCCACAGAGGAGCACCUCAAGAAGGAAUCCAGCCACAGCCUCCAGAUCCAACAGCAAGCACACCAGGCCCUGGAGGAGAAGGCAAGACAAGAGAGGAUGCAGGCACAGCACAGCCUGCUGCUAGAGUCCCUCAGGCAGGAGCUGUCAGGGCCCCGGGCGGCCGGCUCUGAGCACCAGCAGGACCUGGAGGCGCUGCGGGCCCAGCUGAAGAUACUGGGCAGCGUGGGCGGAGGGCAGGCUGUGACCCAGUGUCUGGGCGACAGGGAGGACCACACCCUCAACACAGAGGAAGCUGACCACCCGGGCCAGGUCAGUUCCCUGCCUGACCUGGGCGAGCAGGGGCUGAGCCCCGGUUGCCGGCUGCGGGAGGAGAACGCGCAGCUCCAGGACACAGUGCGGCGGCUGCGGGCCGAAGUGGAGCAACACCAGCAGGAGGCGCUGCAGCUCCGCGGUCAGCACAGACUGCUGGAGGAGCAGCAGCAAGCCCAGCGGGCCAGGGAGGUGGAGUCAUUGCGCCAGGAGCACCGGAAGGAGAUGCAGGCCAUGGUGGCGGAGUUCAGCGGUGCCCAGGCCCGGCUGCAGGCCCGGCUGGCCGCCCUGGAAGCUGAACUGAAAGAUUCCGGAGAGAAGCCGGGGAAGGGGCCAUCCAGGCCUGAGGACCUGCAGCUGAUAGGCCGCCUGCAGACGCGCUUGAAGGAGAGAGAGGACACCAUCAAGCAGCUCAUGGAAGAGAGAAGAUUCCAGUGUGCAGCUUUUCCCAGCACAGUGUCCCAUCGGAACCGGUCCUUUUCUUUCAAUCCUCACCCAGGAUAUUUGACCCCUUCCAUGAAGAAGAAAAGGAUGGAGGAAGUGCCCAGCCGAGUGGUCAGCGUGCCAAACCUCGCCUCUUACGCGAAGAACUUUCUAAGUGGAGAUCUGAGUUCCAGAAUCAAUGCCCCCCCAAUAACUAAGUCACCCAGCUUGGACCCAAGCCCCAGCUGUGGCCGGCCUUAUAAGCCCACCCAGCCUCCAGAUGUGAAAACUACCACAAGGACACAAGAUGGUGAAACAGCCGAACCCAAAGAGGCACAGAAACCAGGCUCUGCCCACCAGGAGUGGUUCACUAAAUACUUCUCCUUCUAAACUGGUCUUUAGGACACAUGACAAACAGGACUUCGGGAAAUUUCUCUUAAAAUGUCUGAUUGGAGGAAUGAAAAAAACAGAUGACAUUCCUGUAAUAUGAUUUCUUUAUGAUAGCUCAAAUUUUGACAUUAAUGUUUUAUAUCAUUUCAUAGUGACCUCAAUUCAUUAAAAAAAAAAAAAAACCUUGAUGUUAGAUCAAACCAAUCAGUGUUAGUGAAAAAGCAGAAAUAGGAAAAUGUCAUGAAUGCCACUGUGACCUACAUUGUGUUUCUGGUGACCCUGACGUUGUAUUUCAAUUUGAUGCAUAUGAGACUUUGUGAUUUCCAUGGUCUGCUUUACAAGUGGUUUCAUUUUUUCCUUAAAAUGCCAGCCAGUCAUCACUCUUGGAAGUUAUUUCUAUUUAAAAUUCUCUAAUCCCAAAAUGCACAUCUGACCUCAAAAGGAUGAAAAUAAAACAAAGCUCAAUAUAAAUACAAAAGUGAUUUAGAAAAGAGCAACCACAACACACGAACUAGGAAUGUCCUAUGGCCUGCUUGGAGUGAGCACUCCGACUUCCUAGGUCUAGGAAAGCAGCUGAUUAGAGGACAUAACACCUACCUCAAAAGAAGCUUUGCAAGGAUGAAUUAAGCAAGACAAUAUGGUAAAGAUACCAACCUUCUUGGAAUGAUCGGACCCUGCCCCAACAGGCAUCUGAAUUUCUGUGACUGUGGCAUCAACUUGGUUGUUUGUGGAGGUUUCUAGACUGUUACUUGAAGUGGAAGAUCCAUGAAUCUCCAUUCACUGGGACUGGGUCCUUUGCAUGGGGGUGCAGUGCUUUCCCACUGCACACGGCCUCAGAAGAGGAAACGAGGAAUGGCUGUUCACGGUGCUGACCUUGCUCUUGGUCCACUCCCUGACUUGAUAACCAACAACUUGUGGUGGGCAAAAUGUUUUCUCAGACCUUUGGUGCUGGCCCAACAGGUGGCCCAUAAGCAGAUGUUCAUUUUAUGCUCUUUGAAUAAAACUAAACAACUGGACAAGAAA